CAAGAGAAAAAUACCAAUCACAAAGACUCUUAAAGUUCCAAAACUCCCUCCUCAUCAAUCCCACACCAAUAAAAAUGGAGCAACCGGCUAAUGCCUCCGUACACGACGGAGGAGAAAGCCUCCUCAAGAUUCGCAUUGAGAGUAUGCAUGAGAAGCUGAAGGAGCCACCACGGUUGCUCAGCUCGGCUGCGGGAAAACCAACUUGCUCCAUCUUCCGAGUACCUCAAACCAUGAUUGAUUCCAACGGUAGAUGCUAUGAGCCGCGAGUUGUGUCGGUGGGACCGUACCACCGAGGCAAAACACAGCUCAAAAUGAUGGAAGAACACAAAUGGCGUUACUUAAAUGCUCUUGUCACUCGAACCCACCCCACAAAAUCGUUAACUCUAGAGGAUUAUAUGAAAACCGUGAAGAGUGUCGAGGAACUUGCUAGAGAGAGUUACUCCGAGUCAAUCCACAUGAAGUCUGAUGAGUUCAACGAGAUGAUGGUUCUUGACGGUUGUUUCAUUCUUGAGCUGUUUCGUAAAGUCAGCCACGUUGUUCCUUUUCAACAGGAUGAUCCACUCGUGAACAUGGCUUGGGUUCUUCCUUUCUUCACCAGAGAUUUUCUCCGCCUUGAGAAUCAAAUCCCUUUCUUCGUUCUUGAAGCUUUGUAUGACCUCACAAGAAGCGAUAACGAAAGAGAGAGCAACGUUUCUUUACAGUCUCUAGCGUUUGCGUUCUUUACCAACACGAUGGAUAGACCAGAACAAGAUCUCGCCAGGUUCAAAGACCUAGAAGCCAAACACCUCCUUGACCUUGUCCGGUCAAGCUUAAUCCCGGAUAGUAAGCCUCAAGCGAAACCGACAACUAAACCAGAGAAGAAGGAGAAGACACCGUCCAACAUCAUCCACAGCAUAUCGAAGCUCCGGCAAGCCGGGAUCAAGAUCAGGGAGCUGAAAGACGAAGAGAGCUUCCUCGUUGUGAGAUUCAGACAUGGAGCGAUAGAGAUGCCGCGCAUCAUAGUCGACGAUUUCAUGGGCAGUUUCUUUCCGAACUGCGUGGCUUAUGAGCAGUGCCACGCGGCGUGUUCAAAGCAUUUCACUACGUACGCGACAUUACUAGACUGUCUGAUGAAUAUUAACAAAGACGUUGGGUAUCUAUGUGAACAAAAAAUCAUAGAGAACUACUUUGGCACAGAAUCAGCGGUCGCUGGAUUCGUGAACAGUCUAGGCAGAGACGUUGCGUUCGACCUAGAAAACUGUUAUCUCAAAGAGUUGUUUAUAGAAGUGAAUGAGUAUUACGAUAGUAGUUGGAACGUUAGAAUUGCUGAUCUCAAGAACACUUAUUUUAGUUCUCCUUGGUCUUUUAUCUCUGCUCUUGCUGCUCUUAUUCUUUUGAUCUUAUCUAUUGUUCAGACGAUUUUCACUGUUUAUCCAAGAUAGAUUUAAUUUCAUAUA